AUGUUCAAGAAAAUCUUCCGACCUCCUUCCUCCAGAUCGAAAAAGGAGAUAGAGAAAUCAUUAUUCGAAAAGGGGCCAACUAUCAGGGUCACCUCCUUAACCGACUCAGACCUACAGCGUUACCGUGAAGACAACGGUCUCUCCGACACCAAGUGUGAUACUUCCAACGACAAAACGGAGAAGAAAGAAUGUGCAAAGAACUUUUUCUCUGGAAUUGACCCAUCCGAUAUCACAAUUGAGGAUCUCGAUCCUUACGCAGACAAGAAUAGGGUCCGUCGGUCAAGAAGCUUCACGCUUCCACCAUCUAAACCACCAUCGGCCUUUAAGUUACCCAGGAGCAAAACCGUUCAUUUUGCUGACCAAAGUGAAUCCUUGAAAAGGUUCAGAAAGAGGGUAUCUGAAGAAGAAAGCUCGCUGGUUUACUCUGAUGAGUCGGCUGACUUGAGAGGUGUUCACGGUAAAGUUCAAGAGCGGCUUACAGGCAUCUUCAAGGAAGAGGAUUAUGAGUUUAAAGCAGCUGAAGAAGAAGAUGCAAAGCCAGCAGAAGGUUCCACUUCUGUUGAAGUGGCUGCAAAUGAGGAAAGUUCCGGAUCACCACUCGACGAGGAACUCACAGUUCGUGAGAAAGAAGUAGAAGAGCUGCCAUAUAUGUCUUCUGGUGAUAGUAUUUCUCCCGAUAUGGCGGAUUUAGAUGUUCUGCCUGACACCAAAGACUGGGAUCACACGAUCUAUGUUUCUUGUGACGAGAACGGAAGAAACAUCACUAAGCAGCUAUCUGACUUGUAUCAGAAGCACUUCCCAGGAACCAACCUCGAUUUUGAUGACUUGGGUGAACUCAUAAUCAGUAUUGAUUCCGGGAUUGGAGAUAGCAUACAACAGAACAAGUUUUGUCAGUCUCUUCUUGCUUCAGAAAAGAAGAGGGCUAAUGAUGCUGAAGCCGAUGUGGAGGCAUGGAAGCAACAGUUUGACGAGAUAAACUCAAAGUACGAGGAACUCAAUGAUAUUCAAACUGAGAGGCAGAAUCGCUUGGAGGGCGAGAUUGAACACAUCUUGGAGAAGUCCUCCAAAGAGCUCGAAGCUUCCAAUGAGGUCAUUAAAGACUUACGUGACCAGCUAAGGGCAAAUAGCGAAAGGUGUGAUGAUCAAAAACAUGCCAUUGAAGCGCUUACAGAGAAGGAAGGUGUACUCAUGAAGCAGAAAGAGUCCUUGGAAUCAGAUCUUUCCAAAGCGUUCAGAGAGAAUGAAUCGUUGAAAAAGGCGAUUGAAGAGAUCAAGAACAAACUGUUGGAGGAUCUGAAAGCCAACAGUUUGAGAGUGAUAGAUCUCAAAAGUGAGAACAACGACUUGAAGCACAGCUUGGAUGCCACUAACCAAGACCGGGAGGCACUCUGGACAACCAAAGUCGACCUCGAGCGUAAGCUUCAAGACUACAUCAUCAAGAUAGAGUCACUUGGAACGGCUGAAAAGGAAUGCAAGGCCACCAUCCGUCAAAAGGAAGCUCUCAUUGCAGAAAAAGUGAGCAUCAUCAAGAACUUUGAAAGUAAUGCCCAGAAGCAUGAGGAGGUAAGUGAGGCCCUCACCAGAAAGAACUUGGAGUUGAAAAUAGGUCUUGAAACUUGCCAGACCGAGAAGUCAAACUUUGAGGCACGGGUCAAAGAGCUUGGCCGCAAGGUGGAUGAUGGCUCAAAAGAGCUCAAAGAGGUUGAGAGCAAGAAUUUGGAGGCCCUGAAGCAAUUACGAGAUCUCUUCAACAAGCAACAGGAGAAAGCCGCUCAAUCCUCCAAGAAGCUUGAAAUUAAAGAGUUAGAAAGAAAGCUGCUCGACCAAAAAGUUGUUGAUCUCAAUGCUGAAGUGCUUCAGCUCAAGAAGGAAGUCAAGACUAGAAGAGCCAACUUCCACACUUGCUUCGAUGGUUUUGAAACAAUGAAGUGGUCUAAUAACUUCACUGUGGAAACAAUGAAGAAGCUUCUCAAAAGCACAUACGAAGCAAUGGCUCCCUUUCUUGCCAGGGAGGCUGCCUCAGCAAAUGCCCAGCUCUACUACGAGGUCAAUCGCAUCCUGGUAUUCAGCAAGGAUAAUCAGACCAGCCUUACUGAAUUGACGACAGCUCUCAUUGAAUCAAGCCGUCAAGUUUCUCGUGAGUAUGCAGAAACCCUCGAAGCUCUAAGAGUGGAGAGAAAAGGUCGAGCCGAAAGUCAGAGGGAGUCAAUGGCUGUGAUCAGGCGGUUAGCACGCACGAACCGCAGAAUGCAAAAGGCUUCUAGACAGAUCGAGGAGAUUCUGAUACCAGCCAACAUGCCUGCUGGCAGAAAGAUAACAGCCAUGCUGCAUCCAUGUGGCAAUUCUCAAUCCGAAGGCAACCUUGUCGAUUGGUGGUCCAUUAUGGGCUCCAAGGCAAACCAGACUUAUGCGAUAGCUCAGCUGCUGCAAUCACCGUCACCUCAGAACAUCAGCAGUGAAUCCACCGAAAGCAACAAUGAUCCACCAAGAAAGCGAGAUAAGCUCAGAUCGUGGUGGCCGUGGAAGAAAGCUGCCACUGAAACACCCACUCACUCAGUCAAUACCAACGAGUCGAACGGAGCUUCUGGAAGAAAACAGAACACACUCAAGUCUCAAAGAACAUUCGCUGAUUCCCUCGCACAGAGUAGUGCGUUUAAAAUCCCGUUUGCAGACUUCUCCACAAAUGUCGUUGUCAAAGAUAAUGAGCAAUUGUUUUUUGCAUCGGGCGAUACUGUUAUUGCCAUGGACUUGACAUCGCCGGCUCACAACUUCAAGCUUUUGAAUCUAGGCAAUUCACACCGCAUCAACAGCAUCCAACUCAACCACACCCAUAGCUUGUUGGCACUUAUCUGUCGCAGGUGUAUCAUUGUUGUCUGCUUGAAGCGUAUCCCAUUUCUCGAACCAAACCAAUCCUGGGAACCACUUAAGUUUGUCAUUAAUCUUUCGAGUGAUGUACAGUCGGUUUCGUGGCAUCCUGCUAGUUACUCGGCUACUGAUCUAGUGGUUUUGACGAAAGAUAAAUUGCAACUGUUCGACAUCAUCAAGUCAACGACGAAGGCCAAAUUUGACGAGAAGUUGGAGGACCUAGCGCUUCGUGAAACUCCAAUCUCCAUCGCGUUUGGUUCUGCUCUCAGUCUUUCUGGUUCCUUGUCACUUUAUUACAGCACUGCUUCAGGUCAUAUCUAUUCACUCUUUCCAUUCAUAUACCCAGGUUUUCAUUUGGGGGCUUCUAAGUCUGCGGUGGACCUGUUCGUGUCCGAGACUCAGGAACUAGUCAGCAUGGUAGAGGGGAAGUUCCCUCCCAGAGUGAUUGCUGGCCAUCCUUCUAACAACGACUUGUUAGUGCAGCUCAAUUUUGGUUUGGAUCUUCAGAAUCAAAUCGAGAGCCCUUUGUUGAAUUCGUCGGAUCCUUACAAAGUGCUUCGAUUAAAACACUUACCAAUGGACCCCUUGGUUUCGGGUCCAUACGCCAAGGUCGCUGCAAACUCGCUGCUCACAUCGCUAGACACGAAUACUGCCGCAUCGGUGAUCCUCGCUCACCACGAUUCUGAGUCUCAAUUUGAGAUGACUUAUUUGGCACAACUAUCACCUCUAGUGAUGUCCAGCGCAUUCGAUAUCCCUAGGCCAGAUGCUCCGCAACAUCCAAGCGCACUGCAGGCCAAGAAGGAUAAUGAUAAGUAUGUCAAACCGAAGAAAGGGUUUGGCCUUGCAUUCGCGUCCGAUGAUGAACUGGAUGAUGAGGCUAACACGAACAGCCAAUUUGUUGACUACUCAAAAGCUUGGGAAAUUUAUGAAUUGAAGAUCAAGUGUCAGGACUUCAUUCUUCUGCAUCAAAAACUCACAUCACUAUCUGUGGAGCAAUAUAAAAAGAACUCGCCUGGCGCCGCUUCUGUCAUAGCUCAAACGUUCGGACGUCUCUUGUUAUGUGUUAAAGACAAAGUCCAGGUUGUUGAUUGCCUGCAAUGGUUUGGGGAAUUAGAGGAUGGCUUUCCUCUAGGUGUCGCUGAAUUCUAUUCGGAGAAGACGACUUUCUCUGUCGAGAAGCCCCUUACAGCCAUAGCCUUAAUUCAUGACGUAGGUGAUCCAUCUGAUCCCUAUCUAUUCAUGAGGUCCCUAGGGGGCGAGAUCGUUGUUGCACAAGUCUAUCCUGGAGAUGGGCUGGACGAUGAAGCCGAAGCUGAAGAUGAUUCGCCUCAAGUCCACGACAAGUUCGACGCAAAGACAGUGCACGAUAUUGGUAUUUCUGCAAACGAGCUAAAACGCAUGUUGAAGUAUCCUCACAGCGCUCAAACGACCUUUUCAUCUAAGACAAGAAAUGCAGAGGAUCUUAUUACAUUGUCAAAAAUCUCAGAUGUUACUCGGGCUCACAUUCAUCAACUUUCGAAAUUCAUUAUCGCUCUUGUUGGCAAACUUGAGGUACAGCAGAAGCGUAACUUGAUGCACAGCUCUCUUCUUGAUGGAGAUAAACCUAUAGAAGAGUUCAAACAGCGCAUACCGAUGUAUACAAAGCGCAUAGAGGAGCUUCUUGCGCGUCAGGAGCAUCUCUUAAAGCGUGGCAAUGAUAUCGAGUCAAAAGUAAUCAAAAGAUUCGAAGAUAGCAAGAGAUCUGCAAGCUUACCGAUUUCGCAUAAGGAGAGAGCAUGGAUGAUUGAGUUAAACGGCUUGACAAGAAACAUAAUAAUCGGCACCCCGGAGAAAGUGUCCUUAGAAAAGCAGGUUAAGAAACUUGAUAGCAUCAUCCGGGAAGUUCGCCAAAAGGAAGAGGACACAUCUGAUCUCGAAGGCAGUAUGAAAGAACUACUGUUACAUAACAACCUUCAUAAUGUUGUCCAACAUAUGCAUAGACAGGGCAGGAUUAUUGAAAUCGCGAAGGAGAGAUUACAAGCAGACGUUGAACGUGUUGAUGCAUUGGUGGAAGUGUAA